AUGGUAGUUGCUAAACUUAGAUGCUUGGACUUUUUCAAUGUGCUCAAGUCCAAACUUUUGUUUGUGAUUGGAGCGAUACUCUUAGUGACGACCAUUUACGUCAACUUUUCUUUAGUGACUAAUGUGUCUGAUCGUCUAAGUCAUCGCUUGCGGCCCGAUCGUUCACAUCUUGAUUGGAGUCUUUACAGGGAAACGUCUGCUAAUGACUCAAUGACAACAAGUCAUCCAAAAUCAAUCUUCUACAGGCGUGGAGAGAACUUUGAUUACACAGUCAGUCGCGAACGUUCGCUUGUAGUGUGUCUUCACGACAAGAUGCUGCACAUGGGACUGUCGCUUAUUCGAGAAUUACGGUGUCUUGGAAAUCAAGAACUUAUUCAAGCUUAUCAUUGUGGGAGAAACGAGCUAUCGAAUCAAUCGGUUGAAAUUUUAUUUGGCCUGGACAACCGCGUGGAACUUGUUGAUGUGUGCUCCGAUCUUUUGUCUCGUGGUAUUUUUUCAGAAGGAAUGUCUCGAAUGUUUCAAAAUUGGUGGAUCAAACCACUAGCAUUGUACCAUACAGACGUUCGUCACGUCAUGCUCUUAGAUGUAGAUGAUAUUAUUUUACGAAAUCCAGAUGUUGUUCGCAGUCUUGAUGGAUAUUUGCGAACAGGUACUACGUUCUUCUACGACCGCGUCAGAUACGGCAAGCGCUUUUUGACAGGCACUGACAACGAUGAAAUGUACUUGCACAGACUAUUACGCCAGUUUAACUAUUCCAGAUUCAACAUUUCUGAGGGCUUCGCUCCAUCUCAACAUAUGAUUAACAGUUUUGCUUUUAGAGGUUUGACAACAUUUGAGAUGGAUUCAUCAAUGGUGUUAGUUGACAAGAAACGGGUCGGAAAGACAGUUAUGGACAUUAUAUUCUGGUUUAUAACGGAAGAGCGCUUUCGAUUUAGGUAUUCGUGGGGUGACAAGGAGACAUUCUGGUUAGCGUUUGAGUUGGCACAUGUACCAUACUCUUUUUCACCAUGGGGUGUUAGCGUGGUGAAUUCAAUGCCUAAUGAAGAUUUGGAGAACCACCCUGAUUCACUCUGCGGUACAAGCAUCUUGCAAUUCAUGCCAGUCCACAAUUCGAAGGCCGAAACUGCAGAAGUUUUGUAUGUGAAUGGCAAGGCAUUGCUUGAUCCAUAUCCUCAAGGCUUUAACGUGAAGAAAGCUCAUCAAAACGCUUUGUUUAAUCCAGUCGUCACACACAUGACGCCUCGUCAACAACGAAGGCAAAUUGACAAAUCGAUCUACCCAGUACAAAAAUUUCGCAUGGAAUGUCUUGUUGGAAUGGGAGCUACACGCUUACCAGAACAUUUUGCUCGGCAUCUAUUGCGCCGCCGAAUUCACUUUACUGGCCUUACUAUGGGUGUGCUUGGUGCGUUGCAGCAUUGUGAAAUGUUCGUAUAG